CUACAAUCUCAUUUAUUAUAUAUAUAACACGAAAGAGCUGCUGGUUACGUAGUUCAGUAGUGCCACACACUUAAGAGAGGAAAUGGCUCAGCUACAAUGGUUGCAACGAAUGUGGCAAGAGCUUCACGAAUUACCCAUCAAUUCCCUCUUGUCUCUACUUUUCUGCCUCUUCUCAAUUCUCUUUAUUUUCAAACUUCUUCGAAGAGGCAAGCCCAAAUAUCAUUUACCCCCAUCCCCACCAAAGCUACCAAUCAUUGGCAAUCUUCACCAAUUUGGCUCACUUCCACACCGAUCUCUUCGGGUACUUUCUAAGAAGUAUGGCCCUGUAAUGCUCUUAGAGUUGGGCCAUGUCAACACCCUCGUGGUGUCAUCUGUAGAUAUGGCCAGAGAAUUGAUGAAGACGCAAGAUAUUGAUUUCGCAAACCGGCCUCAGAACACAGCUGCCAAAAUCUUGCUCUAUGGUUGCACAGACAUAGGGUUCGCGCACUAUGGUGAGUAUUGGAGGCAAGCUAAGAAAAUCUGUGUCCUCGAACUUUUGAGCAUCAAAAGGGUGCAAUCAUUCCAGCAUAUAAGGGAAGAAGAAGUUGCCGUGCUUGGAGAUAAGAUACGGAAGGCAUGCGUUACUCAAACCCCUGUUAAUGUAAGCGAAAUGUUGAUUGAAAUCUCAGACAACAUUAUCUCUAGAUGUACACUUGGACAGAAGAUUGCAGAAGAAGAUGGUAAGAUGACCUUUGGACAACUAUCAAGACAGGUAAUGGUGCAGUUGAUGAAAUUCUGUUUGGGUGAUUUUUUCCCUUAUUUGGCAUGGGUUGAUGUUCUUACGGGAUUCAUCUCAAGUGUGGAAGGCACUUUCAAAGAAUUAGAUAGAUUUUUUGAUCAAGUGAUUGAAGACCACAAGACUAUAAUGGAAAGUGGUGUUGUUGAUCAGUCUAAUAAGAAAGAUUUCGUUGAUAUUCUCCUCCACCUUCAAAGGGAUGGCAUGCUCGACUUUGCCUUCACAAAAGAUAACCUCAAAGCAAUCUUAUUGGACAUGUUUUUAGGAGGAGCUGACACGACUUCGACAGCUUUGGAAUGGAUAAUGGCGGAGCUCAUAAAAAACCCAAAGAUCAUGAAGAAAGCACAAGAUGAGAUCAGAGGAAUUGUGGGCAAGAAGUCACAUAUAGAUCUGGAUGACAUCAGUAAAAUGGACUAUCUGAAGUGUGUUAUCAACGAAUCUCUAAGGCUACAUCCACCAACUACUCUUUUAACACCUCGAGAAACAGCAACAACGGUGAAAUUCGGAGGUUAUGAUAUUCCACCGAAAACAACUGUAUUUGUCAAUACAUGGGCAAUCCAAAGGGAUCCGGCUGUAUGGGAGAAUCCAGACGAGUUCAUCCCAGAGAGAUUCAAAAAUAGUCCAUUUGAUUUCAGAGGCCAAGAUUUUGAAUUCCACCCAUUUGGAGGAGGGAGAAGGAAAUGCCCUGGAUUGGCAUUUGCUGCUGCUUCCCUUGAUUUUCUGAUUGCCAACCUCUUAUGUUGGUUUGAUUGGAGGUUGCCUGGUGAUAAUGUAAAGCCGGAAGACUUGGACAUGGAUGAAAUUUACGGGCUCACAGUGCCUAAGAAACAUCAUCUUUAUGCGAUACCAACACUCUACUCAGCUUGAUCGAUCCAUGCAUCAAUAUCAGAUUCGGGGUUGUGCUCAUAAUGAUGUUACUACUGGCGAAAUAAAUUAACGGCCGGGGACUUCAGUACUCUUUCUACUUUCUGCUGAGUUUUCAUAAUAAGGAGCAGAAAAUUUAUCAUUUCAUGACAAUAAUGUUAAUAAGUACGUAGUCUGUUCUGCCACCCUGCAGAUAGUACGGUUGCUUACUGCUCCAUGCAACUCACUGUUUGCGUAGUUAUUCCAUCUUUUUAUUUUCUCAUGUACUAUUGCCGGUUAUGCCGCCCAAAAAAUCCUAUUACUCCAGCUA